GCUGCAGCAGCAGUCACGAACAAUGCCGCCAGCCGGACCUGGGAUCCAAUCCAGCAAGCCAGAAAAGCCCGACGCGUCGCUGGCCAGCAUCAAGGGGCAUGACUACUACAAGGACACGUUCGUUCCUCCUUCAGAAGUUGUGACAGAGAUUGACGCGAGGGAUAAGGGUACCCCGGAUGACUGGGUGCCUCGCCACCCGGAGCUGGUGCGGCUUACCGGGCGGCACCCUUUCAACGUCGAGCCGCCGGUGUGGCGAAUUAAGGACCACGGCUUCAUCUCGCCGAACGAACUACACUACGUGCGAAAUCAUGGGGCCGUGCCACGCAUCACCGAUGGUGCCUCGCACAAGUGGAAAUGGUGA